AUGUUUACAAGAAACCUUCUACAAGCGCCAGACCGUAAGUCUUCACUUGAAGAAAUGAAUGGAGAUGAUGAUUGCCUUGCCGAAGACGUUGUAGAGUCAGAUCCCAGUAUCGAUCUUCAGGACCCAUACAUCCUCAUGGAUACUGCAGCCCUGUUAAGGCACCUUGGCCAUGAGGAUGAAAGGCAAAGAAUGGAGAUUAUAUACGACUCUACGAACGAUAAGGACAGGGACUGCAUCAAUGAAGGCUAUUUCAAGCGGCGUCGACGAUGGCAUGAAGAUGAAAGAAAGAAGUUAUGGGGUUAG